GCGUCGACGUCGGCGGCCCCAUGGACGGCCUCCUAGUCUUCGUCUUCUACCUCUCGCUUCCUAUACGUGGCGGCCGCGACCACUCUAAUUGCUAGCCUCCCGCCGGAUCGAUCUCGCCGCGCACGCACCGCACUCUCCGAUCUCUCUCCGACUCUGCUCUGAUUCGAUUCUCCCUCCCCGCCGCGCCUCGCCGUCGAACGCGGGGCCUGAUUCGUCUGACCGCGCGUCUCCGAGGAUGGACCAGCCGCCGAAUGGCUUCGCCGCCGGAGGUCUUUUCGUUCAGCACAUUGAUGGGCAAAACGCUCCUCCCCCUUCUGUAAUUGUGAUUGGUGGAGGGAUUUCAGGCAUUGCAUCUGCUCGUGCCUUGUCAAAUGCUUCAUUUAAGGUCACAUUGUUAGAGUCGCGGGAGCGACUUGGUGGCCGUGUGCAUACUGACUAUUCUUUUGGCUGCCCAAUUGACAUGGGAGCAUCUUGGUUGCAUGGUGUUUGCAAUGAGAAUUCUUUGGCGCCAUUGAUUAGGCUUCUUGGGCUUAGAUUAUAUCGCACCAGUGGUGAUAACUCUGUGCUUUAUGACCAUGAUUUGGAGAGCUACGCGCUCUUUGAUAAAGAUGGUCAUCAAAUUCCCCAGGAGAUAGUAACCAAAGUUGGGGAAAUAUUUGAGCAGAUUCUGAAGGAGACGGUGAAAGUUAGAGAUGAAUAUGCAAACGACAUGCCUCUUGUUCAAGCCAUCUCAAUGGUGCUUGACAGAAAUCCACAUCUAAAGCUUGAGGGUUUGCAAUAUGAAGUAUUGCAGUGGUGCAUUUGUAGAUUGGAAGCAUGGUUUGCCACUGACGUGGAUAAUAUAUCUUUGAAAAACUGGGAUCAGGAGCAUGUUCUUACUGGUGGACAUGGGCUUAUGGUGAAUGGCUACGACCCUGUUAUCAAAGCUCUCUCCCGAGAUCUUGAUGUCCACCUGAACCACAGGGUUACCAAAAUCAUCCAGCGGUAUAAUAAAGUCAUCGUAUGCGUGGAAGACGGGACAAGCUUUGUUGCAGAUGCUGCCAUAAUAACCGUCCCUCUCGGUGUACUCAAGGCGAACAUCAUCAAGUUUGAACCUGAGCUCCCAGACUGGAAACUAUCGGCAAUCUCUGAUCUUGGUGUUGGCCUCGAGAACAAGAUAGCCCUCAGAUUCAACACAAUAUUUUGGCCCAAUGUAGAAGUACUGGGCAGGGUUGCCCAAACAUCGAAUGCGUGCGGCUACUUUCUUAACCUUCACAAGGCCACAGGGCAUCCAGUGCUAGUAUGCAUGGUGGCGGGCAGAUUCGCAUACGAAAUGGAGAAGCUAUCAGACGAAGAAUCCGUAAACUUUGUCAUGUCACAGCUCAGGAGAAUGCUGCCAGGGGCCACCGAGCCGGUCCAGUAUCUGGUUUCACGGUGGGGAACCGACCCCAACUCGCUCGGCUCCUACUCGUGCGACUUGGUCGGGAAACCGGCCGACCUGUAUGAGCGAUUCUGCGCUCCGGUGGGCAACCUGUUCUUUGCUGGGGAGGCCGCCUGCAUCGACCACUCGGGGUCUGUGCACGGAGCGUAUUCGUCAGGCAUCGGCGCUGCGGAGGACUGCCGAAGGCGCCUCUCGACGCAGCUCGGUAUCUCCGACCUGUUCCAGGUGGGGAAGAUUGUGAUGAGGGAGGAGAUGACUGAAGUCAUGGUCCCCCUCCAGAUAUCCAGGCUGUGAAAGGAAGGAAGAACAAACCUGUCUACUAUUAUUAGCAUCGUGUUGUUCUGUUAACAUCGUAGCUGUAAUUUACCUCCGAAACUGUACAAUUUCGCAGCGUCUGAUCUUUGAUGUAUCUCUCAAUAACAUGCGGACUUUCCCUCUGAUUUCAUCAAUAUUGCUCUUGUUAUC